GCAGCUAGCGAGCAUAGAGCACUUAGUGUAGGUCACGUGACUCGGUGCGCAUGCGCAGAGCCGCUGGCGGUUGUCUCAGUGAUUUGAGUUUUCUGUUGGAUGAUUAGUAGGCGUGUGUCUGAACGGAUUCUUCUAAUAAGCUUUAAUUUAAUUUACCCUCACUUUCGCUUUCUGUUCGUGAUCUGCAGUGGACUCAUCUGAGCACUAUGGGUCCAGCGUGUGAUGAUGGCGUCUGAAGAAGGUCUGAUGUCUCCUGAGUCGAGCGUCACGUCUCUGCUGGCCACAUUAGGAGUCCUGCAGAGCUCCUUACAUCCGGAGCCCGUCCCCAUCAUCAAAUACAGAGACAGACACUACAUCUCUGCAUCAGAGGCGCUGGACGCUUACAUCACUGACUUCCAGAGGAGUCUGCGAGACGCUGAGACGACAACCGGGAAACUUGAGCUGCCCGAAGAGAUCACAAAACCUCAUCCCAGAAACAGAGAUGUACUGAAGACGAGUUUGACGGAUGAAGAGCUGAUCUUCCUGAACGUUCCCGUCCGGAACAGAGACUCAGAUCGGCUCAGUAUGACCACCGAUGACCUCCUGGCUCUCCCAAAUGACGGCUCUCUCCCCGUGACCCGCACCUCGGCCCUCCUCUCCCGCUCUGGGAGCUUUCCGUUGGGUCUGAGCUUCAACUCUAGCUCCCGGUCACACUCCCGGCCCAUUAUGGUCCAUAAACGGCGUCCCGUUCCAGCAGCGAGCAGGAAAUCCCUCCCUGUGGAUGAUUUAUUGAGGGACAGUUUGCGGUCACACCGUCAAGCUCCUCCCCCCAACAUCCCACCAGCCAAUCGGACACGUCCACCCGACCUGCCCAGAUCCAGUCAUCUCCCGCGCUGGAUGACCAGCCAGAAAUCUGAAAUGGAUUUUUCCGGGAUGACCAGCGUUCCUGAGCUGAAGUACCCGGUGUGGCUGAGACAGUGUGAAGAAUCCUCAGACGGCCAGCAGAGCGAUCGUCCUCUUCCUCCCAGAGUUCCUUCAUGGGUCGGAGAUCUGGAAGAGUCCGGUGGAGAACCGCAGUCGGAUGCUAGAGGUCAGCGAGGUGUCAAAGGUCACGCAGGAGAACUGUAUGGAUCCCAGUCCAUCGGUCAGUGCAGUCUGAGAGAUCUGCGUUUACAGUUUGAGCAGAAACUCCAGGCAGCGAAGAGAGGACCGAUUCACGAAGGACCAUUUUUCAAAGAUGGUAAGAUUGGUUCUCUGAUCUUCGAGCAGAUGUUAAACUCGCCUUCUUUUGCUCUCUGUGAGCCGGUGAAGAAGCACAACAGUUCAGGAGAUACGGAGGACGCUCUGGACGCGGACCGAUCCUGGGACAAUCCACCUGUGACGUUUAAGUCUCCAGUGCCAGUGGGUGGCGCUGAUGAACCUCCAGCGCCUGAGGAACUUCAGAGGAGCAAGUCUGCAGCUUCCUGUUCAUCAGGAUACAGCAGCAGAAAGCAUCCGGGUCCGGUGGAGACGCUCAAACACAUGCUGUUCCGCCUGCAGGCCGUCGAGCACGACAUCAGCCAAUCACACGCCUCCGGUGACUCCAAAACCACUUCAUCUGCAGCCUCACAGCUGGAGAGAGACACACCACAGCCGGUUCCUCAGCAGGAAACAGAAGAAACUGAGCUGGGAAAUGUUGAGUCAUUACAGAGGUCAGGAGGAGCUCUUCAUCACCUGGACAGACUGAAAACACUUGUGGAAGACAUGAACGAAAGGAAGGCCAGAGCAGAGGAUGAUGGGACAGAUUGUACAGACACUCCUGCAGCUAAUAUCACAGACUGGGCCAGAAUCAAUAAACGCUUGUGAAUCAGAAAUCACAAACUGUCAUCAUCCUACAGAUACAAAGGUUUCAUUGAUCACAUUAGCUUAAAAAGCUGAUUCUGCUUUAAAGGAUCUUUAAAACCUCAUGAAAGAUAAAAAAUGUAAACAAACUAUUGAGUAAAGCUGUUUAAAGGGCACAUGCUUUUACCGGCAAUGAGCAGCAUUUGAUGUAAUCAGUCAAAAAUUGCUAAAGUGUUUGUUUGUCUGAAGUGUGUUUAUAUGCAGGUCACUUACUAAUAUCCAAGUUCAUUUAGUCAUUUAGUUUUGCAAUGUUGUCUUGAUCACUGACUGGGACAAUAAUAUAUGAGAACAUUGAUUCUUAGCUACACUGAGGCUGAUGUUCUGUGUAUUUAUUUUACUUUAUGCAAAUUAUUCAGAAGUUGUAUGAAAAUACUUUUAUAACAUUUAAAUUCAUCUUGUGCGCCUCAAAAGAAAAAAACUCAUAGGGGUUUGGAACCAUGUGAGAGAGAUUAAAUAAUGACAAAAUGAUAAUUUUUACUGAAUCAUUUCCUUUAACGCUUGCUUCCUUGCAAUCUUGUUUAAGCAAACGCCUGACAUUUAUUUUAAGUUUGUUCUUUUAUUCUGUGUGUUGCAAUGCAUGCUUAACAUUUCGCUAAUUAAAAAUACACAAUCAAACAAGCAAGUAAACUU